CUCAAAAUCAAAACAGGCGCACCCCAACGGUCAAUCAGAUUAAUUGGACAGAUACCUGCGCAAUGGGCGGGCCUAGCUAAACUAGCUAGUCAGAUUUGAGAAGAUAGUGGAUUAGGCAGUCCACAGUCUUAAAGCAUAAAAUGGCAGAGGUUUUAGGGAUGCAAUCUGUCAGAAAAGGGCCAACGUUAGCAUUAGCUGAUGUUUUUGCUAAUGACUCUGACAAUGAGCAAACGUUUUAUGGAUUUACUGACAAUGACAUCAGCGACCAUGGCAAUAAGAGUUCAGAUGUCAAACAAGAGGAUGAAGCUCAGCCUGAAAUUUCCCUCAAGAAAGAGAAAACCACAUCCAAAAAACCUGUUGGUGCCCGCUCCUUCAGCCUGAGGGUGGCUCUCCGCUCUGCCUCCUCCACCCAGCAGUCCAUUGAAGAGGAGGAGGAAGGGAUGGAGGAGGCAGAGGCAGAAGCAGAAGAGGAAGAACAGAAGCCCCAAAAGAGAGGGGUUAAGAGAGCAAGAGAUAUCAGUCAAGCAAAGAAGACGAGACGUGUUAAAUUUGAAGAUGAAGGUGAAGAGACAGCAGUGGCUCGGCCAUCUCCCUCUGAAGAGUGUGAAUCUGACUCAGCAGAGGAUGAAGCAAAGACUUUCCUGGUCAAGCGACAAGAGAACAUCAAGGCUAACAAAGCAAUGUUGGCCCAGUUGAUGGCGGACCUGCAGAAGAUGCCGGGAGGAGCAGGGCUUCUGAAAAAACAAGCAGGCAAACUGAAGACAAAAGAGAGAAGUUCUCGACCGCCACGCUCUGGUGUUGGAGGAGAGCUCAGGAGGAACCCUGACCGUGCAUCUCGCAGACACACUCGCUCUAUGGGGGGAGUUGAUGAUUCAACCCCAAAGGAGGAAGAAGUGGAGCUCAGCUUGGAGGAGGAGCUGGUGGAGGUACGCCGAGCCCCUCGGCGCCGGGGUGCACCACGGCCUAAUCAGAGCAAACCUCAUUUAAUCCGUCCAGUGGAUGACAUCACAGAGGAUGAGAUUGAGCUGGUUGCUGACAACAUGACUGAUAAAGUCUACAACAGUGUCACAGGCUCCACGUGUCAUCAGUGCCGUCAGAAAACUGUUGACACAAAGACGUGCUGCCGCAGUGAGGACUGUCGGGGGAUUCAGGGUCAGUUCUGUGGGCCUUGUCUGAGGAACAGAUACGGAGAGGAUGUCAGAAAAGCACUGCUUGAUCCGGAGUGGAAGUGCCCCCCGUGUCGUGGCAUUUGCAACUGCAGCUUCUGCCGCGCACGCGAUGGCCGCUGCCCGACUGGCAUACUGUUCCCCCUGGCUCAGUACCAUGGCUUCUCUGAUGUCCACUCCUACCUCAGCAGCCUCCGCAACAAACUGAAGAAUGAGGACAAGGAUGUAGAAAUGUGAUGCCAACACCAGGGGGGGCAAUUGUUCAAACUGUUCUGUUUUCUGUGUUGAAGUUUUAGGGCUUUGUUUUAGUUCUUGUAAGUCUCUCACCACUUGUGUUUUUAAAUGAAUAAAGGAGUUUUAAUAACACAAACAAAGAAA